GCUUCUGCUCUUCUUCUUUUUUCUUCCCGCUGCAGCCACCCAAAAGAAAAAAAAGGGAAACCCAGCCAUGCGUUGGAAAACCGGUGAGAAAGCUUGGUUUUUGGCCUUCUUUUCUUGCUCUAGAACACAAAUUGAACCCAGAAAUUCUCCCCCCCUGCUGGAAAAUCCGGAUCUGCCUUGCUCUGUCCGCCGGCUGCUCUUGUUGUGGGGGCAAAUUGCUUGGGUUUUGGAAUUUUGAUAGAUUUCCCGUGAGCCGUGAGCUUUCUUCUUCCAUGCCGCCAGCCUUUCCCCAAUCUGCAGCUCCGGUUUUAGCUGGAGAAUUAUGGUUCUUGAUCGUUCUGUCAGUUUAGUACGUGAAUUGAGUGCUCGGUUUUGCGGAGUGAGGUAAGUAGAUUAUGGUAACGCCCUUCGAUUUUAAAAGCAUGUUUCGAUUUGUUUUUGAAGUGAUGGCGGGAUUAAACCCGUUUUACACAAGUAUGACUGAUUUGAAGUGAAAUGUUUUAUGCUUUUUAUUAAAUUGAGCAUGCCUACUUGAAAUUUAAGUGACUGUCCUGAUGAUCUGAAAGUGAUUGUGAAUUGUGAUUUUCCUGUUAACUUCUGCCUGUUUUGUCUCCGAUGUGGUCAUGUUAUUAGUGACCAUGCUAGUGGGGGAGGUUAUAAACGCUAGCACAUGUCGGCACAUGUCAAUAUGUUAUUCGUGACCCUGCUAGUGGGGGAGGUUAUAAACGCUAGCACAUGUCGACAUGUUAUUGAUAGAACCGGUUCGUUGAGUGACCCUACUUGUGGGGAUUAUACACCAGCAAACAGUGACCCUGCUUGUGGGGAUUAUACACCAGCAAACAGUGCGCCUGCCAGUGGGUGUUAGACGCUGGCCGUGACCUAUAGAGGAGACGUCUAUUUCGUUCUCGUAUUGUAUCCGUUUUUCGUGAUUGCACAUGUUGGCAUGCUAUAAGUUUGAUAAGGGGCACUCUAUAUUUACUUACUGAGUUUAUCUCAUAGUUUUUCCUUAUCCACCAUUUCAGGAAGUGAAGCUGAGGACGGGAAAACCACGGGAAGUGACGAGUUAGAAAGCUAGCCAUUUCGAGAUUGACAUAGAUUUUAGAAAUAAAUCGUGAUAUUGUAAACUCGACUUUAUUGGAGAUUUAUGAUAUUGGAGCAAAUUAUAAAUUUUGAUGGUAUUAGUUUGUGAUUUGAAUAAGUUCCGAGCCUUGUGCACUUGUGGGACCCACGCCAGAAUAAUCAUAUGUUAAUUGC